AUGACUAGCCUUAGCGAACUUCUCGAACUUAUCAGGAUUUGCGAAGAAAACGAAAGAAAUGAGAUUAUCGAGUGUAGUAUUUGUGUAGAAGAAUAUUCUAAAUCUAAUUUUCAAAAAAUCACCGAAAAAUGCACUCAUAAUAAUAACAUUUGUAAUGCUUGUGUCGAUAAGCAUAUUAGUUCAAAAAUGAAUGACAAAGGCGAUAUUGUAAUUUAUUGUCCGUAUGAUGGUUGUGGAAAUGAAUUUGAAUUUAAUGAUGUUAAGCGAAUAGUUACCAAGAAAGUGUUUGAAAGAUAUGAUACUUUAACACUUCGGAAAACUCUUCAAAACAUGCCAGAAUUUAAAUGGUGUAAAAAUGCGAGUUGCGGAUCUGGUCAAAUUCAUUUUGAAGGAGACAAUGCACCAAUAAUGACUUGUGAAGCAUGUAAUUCAAAAUCAUGUUAUACUCAUGAUGUACCAUGGCAUGAAGAUAAAACAUGUGCAGAAUAUGAAGAAUAUCGGCAAGGAGCUGAUGCUGCAACUACCGAUUAUUUACAACAAAAAACUAAAGCAUGUCCAAAAUGUGGAAUAAAAAUUGAAAAAAAUGAAGGAUGUAACCAUAUGACUUGUACUAUUUCAAGUUGUAAAUAUGAAUUUUGUUGGUUGUAA